AUGGAUAACGAAGAGGAAAAGCAUCACCAGCAUCCUUGGUCCCCAAACAUCCCAUUGGAUCAAAUCAGUGAUGAAACAAUCAUCCUUCGCGACCGGGAAGCCGAAGAAAUCCUGCCAUACGAUGCAGACGAUUCGCCAUUCCCUGAAGUUCGCGCGGUCAUUCAGCCGGUCGAUGAUCUAUCCCUUCCGGUCAAUUCCGUCCGUAUGUGGACCAUUGGCCUGGUGUUUGCUAUUGUCGGGAGUGGUCUCAACCAAUUCUUCAGCCUACGGCAACCUAGUGUGACGAUCAGUGCUCUAGUAGCACAAUUACUGGCCUUUCCUUUGGGGUGCGCCUGGGCGAAGUGGAUGCCCAUCGGCGCCCUGAACCCAGACCGACACUUUAAUAUAAAGGAGCAUGGAUUGAUAACCAUCAUGGCCAAUGUCUCUAUUGGCUCGGCACAAGCAACGCAGAUCAUCGAGGCGGUUGUCAAGUUCUAUGACAUGCCAUCCCAUGGCGGAUUCGAGAUACUCCUAUGCAUAACCACUCAGCUUUUCGGAUUCGGACUCGCCGGCUUAGCUUCCCGCUGGCUUGUCAGUCCGGCGUCGAUGCUAUGGCCGCAGGUUCUAUCAAAUGCAGCCCUUCUGACCACCCUACACUCUCGAGAAAAUCCCGUUGCCGAUGGCUGGACGAUCACUCGAUUACGCUUCUUUCUCGUCGUGUUUCUUGUGGGCGCUGUCUGGUAUUUUGCCCCCGGAUAUCUCUUCACCGGCCUCAGUACCUUUAGUUUUAUCUGCUGGAUUGCCCCAUCUAACGUGGUCGUGAACCAGUUAUUUGGCCAAAUAACGGGACUGGGGAUGUCAGUCUUGACUUUUGACUGGUCCCAAGUCGUUUACGCCAAUCAAAGUCCCCUUUUGGUCCCAUUUUGGGCUGGUCUCAAUGUCAUGGGGUCGUUCGCCUUGUUUUUCUGGUUUAUUUGCCCCAUUAUCUACUACACUAACACGUGGGAUUCGGCCUACCUGCCACUGCUGAACUCGAAUACCUUCGACAACACUGGUAGCAACUACGAUACCGAUCGCAUCAUGAACACCGACGGCACUGUAAACCAGACAGCCUACAGGGAGUACUCUCCUAUUUUCUUGCCGGCCGGGUACGCGCUCACGUUUGGGGUUGCUUUCGCCAAUCUCACGGGAAUCUUUAUUCACAUUGGACUAUAUCACGGCCGCGACUUGUGGCGGCAGUGGAAUGGAACGAGCAAGCAAGACGUUCACGCUCGCCUCAUGGCUGUCUAUCAGAAUGUGCCUUGGUGGUGGUUUAUAGUCGUCACUUUGUUAACCUUCGUGCUCAGCAUUGUCACUAAUGAGGUUUGGCAGACCGGGCUACCGGCUUGGGCAGUGUUAGCGGCGUUCAUACUCCCUAUGAUCUAUUUCAUUCCCGUGGGCAUCAUCAAAGCCCUCACCAAUAUCAGCAGCAAUCAGUUAAACUUGAUGACGGAGUUUAUCGGUGGCUAUGCAUUCCUUGGACGGCCCUUGGCCAAUAUGGUGUUCAAAUUCUAUGGCUAUGUUGCCAUUCAGCAAGGACUAGAAUUUGUUGCUGAUAUGAAGUUGGCGCAUUACCUGCAUAUUGCUCCGCGGACUCUGUUCGCUGCCCAAGGUCUAGCCACACUAGUCGGUGCCAUUGUUCAGUGCGGAGUCACAGUCUUCAUGAUCACCCGGAUCGGCGGGGUCUGUACCUCCGAUGCCGAGGGCAAUUUCACUUGUCCACAUGGACGAGUUACUUACUCCUCGUCUCUUAUAUGGGGCGCUAUUGGCCCCGGUCGUCUCUUCUCCCCGGGUCAGAUGUAUGGCAACUUGUUAUGGUUCUUCCUCGUGGGACCGGUGCUUGUAGUUAUCACCUAUCUACUCGGUCGCCGGUGGAAAGCUGUCAACUACCUGUCAUGGCCGGUGGCUUUCGGUGCAAUGAGUCUCGUUCCUCCCGCUACAGGUGUGAGCUUUUCUUCGUGGUGGGUGAUCAACGCCAUGUUCAAUGGCCUGAUACGCCGCCGGAAGCCUGCAUGGUGGUCCAAGUACAACUAUGUACUAUCCGCUGCACUUGACUGUGGUGUUGCCGUGUCCACUUUGAUCAUAUUCUUCUGUAUCAUUCUACCCGCUGGCUCCUUGAGCUGGUGGGGUAACACUGUAUAUACCAACACGGCCGAUGGGAAAGGCACGCCGUAUAAACGCCUUCCCGCCCGAGGCUAUUUCGGCCCCCCGCAAGGAACAUGGCAAUGA